GCGCCCGCGUGUGCUCAGGUCAGGCAUUGGUCUGGACGCCGGGUAGCCUGUCAAAUGAAAUCGUUUAAUUUGCUAAAUAGUCUUUCUCGCACUAGAGCCCAGAGGACGAGGCCCGACGAGCCGUAGCAUCAGCAGACAUGUCGUACUGCAGGCAGGAAGGUAAAGAUCGCAUCAUCUUUGUGACGAAGGAAGACCAUGAGACACCCAGCAACGCUGAGCUGGUAGCGGAUGACCCCAACGAUCCAUACGAGGAACAGGGCCUCAUCCUGCCAAAUGGAGACAUAAACUGGAACUGCCCGUGUCUGGGCGGGAUGGCCAGCGGACCAUGCGGCUCUCAGUUUAAGGAGGCCUUCUCGUGCUUUCACUACAGUAAGGAAGAAGUGAAGGGUUCCGAGUGCAUCGACCAUUUCCGUAACAUGCAGGAGUGCAUGCAGAGGUACCCCGAGCUCUAUCCCCAGGAGAACGACAAAGACGAGUCCGCCGCCCCGUCUGACAGUGCUGCCUUAACAUCCGAGAGUCACUCUACUGCGGUCACCUCAGCUGUUUCGUCUGACAGCACCUCACCUACAGACGGCCAGACCACCAGCUAGAGUUGAUUAGGUCAGCGUUAGAGACUUGUCCAAAAGGAGCUCCAAUUGGUCUCUUCUCCUCCUCAAGCCUUCAGAGAGGGACUAUUGAUACAGUUCUGACACUCACAGGAAAUCGACGGGCCAUCAGGAGAAGAAUUUCAGAGAGACGUAGAGCGUGUACACAAAUACGAGCUGCUUCAUUGGCUGAACACUUAGGCAAAAAAAACCCUAAUUAAAUUAUCUGAUUAUUGACAGUGGGCCAAGUGAUUUGCUUCAGGGACAUCAGCCGAAAUGCUCAUUUUUAUGCAGUGCAAACAUCACUUGCUGCUUGUUCUCACGCCAGUCAGAAUUUCAGCAUGUAUCCCAAGGUCAGUUGUGCAGGAGUAUAACUAAGCAUUUAUAUUAGUUCAUCUAAGAAAUCACAGGUCGAUCUUUUGAUUUGAGUGAUGCUCAGCUUUAUUUUACCUCAGACAGUUUUUCAGCACUUCAACUUGCUUUCCACCACUCGAGACCAAAGCAGAAAUAAUCGACAAGAAAGCUGUUGAAACAUCUGUACUGUUUUAGAUGUUCUGUUUCUGACUUGUUGGCAUCAUGUACUGAGUCUCCAUCUAUAACUGUUAGUUUGGUCAUCUCUUCUGUUAGUUUUCAAUCUGGCCUGUCACAUUCACCUGUGAAUGCAUUAAUGUUUUUGUCAUGUUAAUGCAAUCAUGAGUCUUCAUUUGAAUGCUGUGGUCACCACUCGUGGUUUUUCCAGAUUAAAAUGAUUGCCUGACAUUUUCAAUCUCCAUUUUACGUUCAUUCUAAAGAGAGAGGGCAGUGUCCCAGUUUCUUGUAGGAUAAACAUUUAUAUUUAUUAGACAGUCGGCUGUGCUCAUUCUUCAAUGCUCAGAUUUAACAAGGUGCUGGAAAUGUCCUAGAGUUUUGCGUUUUUUAUUGACGUCAUAGUUUUACGCAGCUGUUGCAGGUUGGUGAGCGCAACAUUCACAUUUGGCUGCACUCUGGUGACUCUGCAGGCCACUGUCGCACGCACUUCAGCUGAUUGUCAUGAAAGCAGGCUGAGAUUAUAUGAACUUUGUGACAUGACAUGUUGUCCUGCUUAAAGUAGCUAUUAAAAGAUGAGUAAAUGAUAA